AUGACUCCCACACUAGGCCGCGAAACAACAGGCACCGAACUCGUCACCGAGUACGCCUCCCACAUCGCCGGUAAAACAAUCCUCGUAACCGGCGUCUCCCCCGGCGGCCUCGGCGCCGCAUUCGCCCAAGCAGUAGCCGCCGCCUCUCCGGCCCUCCUCAUCCUCGCUGGCCGCAACACCACCAAAGUCCAACAAACCGCCGAUGCCGUUACGUCAUCAUUCCCGGCCGUUGCUGUCAAGACGCUUGAGCUGGACCUGAGCUCGUUCAAGAGCGCGCGGGCGGCUGCGGAGACUGUGAAUGGGUGGGAGGAUGCGCCUAACAUUGAUGUUCUGGUGAAUAAUGCGGGCAUCAUGGCUACGGACUGGAGCAAGACGGAAGAUGGCUUUGAGAGCCAGUUUGGAACGAAUCACCUCGGACCCUUCCUUUUCACAAACUUGAUCUUGGAAAAGGUUCUCGCCGCAAAGGAGCCGAGGAUCGUGACGGUCAGCAGCGAUGGGCACCGGUUGAGCCGUAUCCGUUGGACGGAUUACAACUUCAAUGAGAGCGUGACGCAGGACGGCAAGCACUACAACAAGUGGAUCGCUUAUGCGCAAUCCAAGACGGCCAACUGCCUGAUGGCCCUCUCGCUCGCGGAGAAGCUGGGCAAUAAGGGUCUCCUGAGCUUCAGUCUGCAUCCGGGCGUCAUCUUUACCAACCUUGGGGGCCACUUGGAAAGCUUCGAUUCACUGCGUAAGUAA